AUGGAAGACAUUCAGAACACCGCUCCUCGUCCGCAAAACAUGGCUGAAAGCAAGCCGGCGCCUGCAACUUGCAAAGCUGACAUCCAGAGUGUCACCAAGAGACUCCAAACUGAGCUCAUGCAGCUGAUGAUGUCCUCGACUCCCGGUGUCUCCGCUUUCCCCGAUGCCGAUGGCAAUCUUCUCGCCUGGACGGGCACCAUUACGGGCCCGGCCGAUACAUACUACGAGGGGCUUACUUUCAAAUUGUCGUUUGCUUUUCCGGCCACGUAUCCCUACAACCCCCCAACUGUGAUCUUCAAGACGCCAAUCUACCACCCCAAUGUCGACUUCUCGGGCCGCAUCUGCCUUGACAUUCUCAAGGACAAGUGGAGCGCCGUGUAUAAUGUCCAGAGCGUUUUGUUGAGUCUCCAGAGCUUGCUGGGAGAGCCGAACAAUGCGAGCCCUCUUAACGGCCAAGCCGCCGAGCUGUGGGACAAGGACCCAGCAGAGUACAAGCGCUUAGUCCUGGCAAGACAUCGGGACAUUGACGAAGAGUAG